CACCAAAAGAAGAAAACGCUUAAGAUUGACGUCAUCCGCGUAGCAGCCACAAACAGGAAGAAAACAUCCAGCUGUUAUCUAGCUAGCUAGCUAAACUGGGAGACAUCUGGCUAGCUUAGCAGCCUGUGUAGCAUUGACACAGUAAUAAAACGGCCUUGAGAGUCGAGAAUACACUGGUGUCUUACCAUGAUGUGUCCGGAGUAGUGACUGUAUCGACAGACACUCAGGGAAUAUAAUUCUCCUCGACUUUCUCCGGGUCCGAGUGUUACAACAAGGUGUGAAUGAGUGACGUGGUGCCUCCCACAGCUCUCAGUGAAGUCCAGCUCCGCUUCCUCUGCCACGAUGACAUAGACAAUGUCAAGCUGCUCUGUGGUGAUUGGUUCCCAAUCGAGUACCCAGAGUCAUGGUAUCAGGACAUCACCUCCAACAAGAAGUUUUUCUCCCUCGCCGCCACCUUCAGAGGAGGCAUCGUGGGAAUGAUUGUGGCCGAGAUCAAAGGCCGGACCAAAGUACACAAAGAGGAUGGAGACAUCCUGGCCUCCAGUUUCCCCGUGGACACACAGGUAGCCUACAUCCUCAGCCUGGGAGUGGUCAAAGACUUCAGGAAACAUGGCAUAGGCUCCUUACUGCUGGACAGUUUGAAGGAGCACAUCUCAACGACAGCCCAGGACCAUUGUAAGGCCAUCUACCUACACGUCCUCACCACCAACAACACUGCCAUCCACUUCUACGAGAACAGGGACUUCAGUCAGCACCACUACCUGCCCUACUACUACUCCAUACGAGGCGUCCUCAAAGAUGGAUUCACAUAUGUGCUCUACAUCAAUGGGGGUCAUCCGCCCUGGACAAUAUUUGACUAUAUCCAGCACAUCGGUUCGACCCUGGCCAGCCUGAGCCCGUGCUCCCUCCCUCAGAGGCUGUACCGGCAGGCCCAGUCCCUGCUACGCUCUCUGCUGCCCUGGUCCAACAUCGCCUCCAAGACCGGCAUACAGUACAGCAGAACAAUGUGACCCACAACAUGGAGCGCAAUCGUUUCUCAUCAGUCUUCCCCUGUACACACCAAGAUGUACAAGCACACUCACAUUCUUCGAUCUCGUACGGCUUUCCACACCCUGUGUUUGACACAGGGCUCAGGUUCAACCUGCGUUUUGUGACCGUUCACACACUAGAAAAUGAAUCCCCGUACGACACACGUCUGUCACUGUUCACACAGGAUCCGAGUUUGCAGCUGUAGUCCUGCGCCCCGAAGGGAAACAGGGUUGUUGCAUUGCAACGUCACCGAAAGUGCACUGUUGGAUUAUUUUCUGGUAACACCAUGGGAUUUCUUUUAAUUACUUUGUUGCUAUACUAUCCUGUAUAUAUACUACACUACCCCAUAGUUCCAACAGUAACCUGUGAUCACCCAGUCAUACCAAAGCGGAGCAGUGUCAGACCCAUUUUCAACCCUGGCAGCAGAGCAAAGCCAAGGACCUGGUUCACAUUUUCACCCAGACACCCAGACGGCAAACACAGGUCGUAGUUUUGGUGUAAAAAGGGUGUCACACACACACACACACACACACACACACAAACACCCACUAAGAAACCCCACAGAGACCAAAAGGUUCAACCCUGCCUAUUUGUCCGUCUCCUUUCAUCCUGUCCACCACUGUCACAGAGACUCUGUAUAUUGUUUGUAUAUUAUAUAUACUAAGCUAAUAUAUAAAUUUAUCUCAAUAUGUAUGUCUAUUCUAUGCUGUCAGUAGUCCUAGUUGAAAGAUAACCAAUCCUGUUUCCCCUUUUUUUUGAGUAUAGAAUGAAUCCAGAGUUAAUUCCACUUUGUAAAAUAGAGACUCAAGAACAGGUUAAAUUGAAUUGGUCUGUGAAUCUAUCUAGCUAUGUUAAUAGGCUAGUAGUGUAGAAUAAAGCCAAUUAUACGCAGGCAACUUUGAGACACAAUCUAGACGGGUGAUAUAUUUAGAAGCAACUGGAGUUUUUAAAAAGGAUUCUUACCCUUUUGAAAAUCAUGAUAUUGUCUGAUUUGCUGUGCGCAACAAUUGUACUGGAAACUGAACUACAGCAACAUAUGAACAUGUCAGAGUAUGUUACUCAGUACUUGCAACACAAAGUUAGUGAGUACAGACACCUCACAUAUUAUGCAGGGCUGUUUGAAAGUCUUGCAUAAAAAUAUGAUCAAACCCCGAAGCCUUUCUACAUUGUUUCUAAAUGUUGCCCAUGUAUAAUUCUUACAAGAGUAAAGGGGGAGCGGCUCGGGUCCUUAUUUUAGAGAUUUU